CAACUACAAAAAGCUUAUCUAAUUUUCAUUUUAAUUAAUUUUUGAGUCAACCAUCGAAAAAUGGAUCUUCUCCCAUCUCCUAUUUAGGACGUACCACUCCACCUCACAGUUUCUUAUCUAAUCUAUUGGGAGAAGAAGAAAUCUGCAUAGCCUUCUGUGAUCAAUGGGGGAAAUCACUGGUAAUCCAACUUACAGCUGCAGAAAUUGCAGAAUUCCAGUUGCGCUUGGCGAUGACCUUCUUUCUAAAUCAUUUGUGGCAAAAUCUGGACAAGCUUACAUGUUCGCUCAUGCCAUGAAUGUCGUAUUGGGAUACAAAGAAGACAGGGAACUUCUAAGUGGUGUUUUCACUGUUUGUGAAGUUCGUUGCAGCAAAUGUGGAGAGGAAUUGGGUUGGAAAUACAUAAGAGCUUAUAACCCAAGACAAAUGUACAAAGAAGGAAGGUUUAUAAUUGAGAAAGCCAAAAUUCUCAAAGAAUAUUGUUAGUUAAUAAUUAUCUACGCAUGAAAGAUAAGGGGAUAAUGUCUAUCCUAAAUUCCAUACUUUCAUUUACAUAUCCUAAUGGCAUGUUUGAUUGGGUGGCAUGUUUGAUUGGGUGGAUUAGAGUAUGGGAUUGAUAUUAUUAAUCCGUGAGCCCAAUUAUCUUAUGUUUGUUUUAACAUUUUGAUUUAGGAUUAUUAAUCCAAUGGAUAAUUAAUCCAACAAAUUUGUAAGAUUAUUAUACGUGUAAACUUUGUGUUGCAUGCUAAUUAUAUCCCUAUAAUAUAAUAAUAUAUUGCCUACUUUGUUUUUGUUU